CGCAGCAAUCGACAGGAGUCGUACAGCACAGCUCGCCAACCGGCAGUGAACACCGCGGACAAAAUGAAGUUCCUACUAGCCUUUGCUGUAAUGACCGUUGCGCUGGCACUGCCAAGGACAAAACGGGCAGCGUACGAGCUGCCCGAUGGCGCAGAACUUCUGUUAGGUGGUGUCAAGACCUCGUUCCAGUGCCCGGCCAAGAACGGUUACUUCGCGGAUGUCGACAACGCCUGCCUCAUCUUCCACGUAUGCAACGUGGUGCCGAAAGAAGACGGCAGCACCGAGGUUCAGCAGUACAGCUUCCUGUGCGGCAACCAGACCGUGUUCAACCAGCUUAGUCUGACGUGCGCCUUCGCCGAGGAGGCCGUGCCGUGCCAGAAUGCUCCCGACUUCUUUUACGUAAACGACAACAUCGGCAACCCGACGGCCCCGUUCCUCACCGAAGCCGACGUGCAGAAGGCGGCUCCGCUCAUACCGGGCUUCGGAGAGGGCGGUGGCGCCGGGGCUCCACCGCCCGGCCGCAGGCCCUUCUAGGAAAGCUCGCACCCACCGUUUCCCUACCCCCACCGUGCCGUUGCACACAGUAUGGCUAUAGUAUUAGCUGGGUUCAGCUUCUCUGGGGCCACGACGGGCUAUUAAUCCUCGCCGCAAUAACAUUUUUUCACAACGGACUGCGACGGCCACACAUAAUCGCUUUAGGAGCCCGCGCUCGCUUCCCUAUCCUUUCGACGGAAGGCAGGCAUUCACCGAAGCGGAUAGGCGUCUUUGUAGUUCUGCGACGUCUUCAAGCGGUUCUACGCUUGGACAUUGGCUUUCGCUCACCGGUGCGUCUUCACCCUCCGACGGAAACACUGCAACCUGACAUCAUCAUAUCGAACUUUCCCAUAUUUUUCUUCGUUGCACACCUGUUCUUGCUUCUCGUUAAGUUUGCCUCUUAUCACCUGCCUGCAUUGACAUGUAUAUACAUUUUUUUGUUGAUGGAGGGUCCGUUGCCACUGAUAUCGCGCGAUCUGCGUUCUGUGCUCUGCGUACCUCGUUCCUGUUAGCGGUAACCAAUCGUCGUGUAUAUUGUUUUUGGCGAAAGGUGAAGGGCUCUGGGCUUUGGCCCAAGUGUACCCACUUCUGGUGAAGGGCUUGGCUCGGCGGGGCUUUUCGCGACAGAAGGAAAUACUCAAAUGGUAACUGUGCUACACUGCAUGCUCGCUUCAUUCUCACCAUCUCUAACUAAGCGGCGAGGUUGCUUGGAGGAAUGCCUGGUCUUCUGGUGUACUCUUACGCUCGCUUGCAUGGCUACUAGGAACAAAUGUACAUUGCUCACGUACUGCGAAAACCUGUACUGUAUAUUUUGCUUGCAUAAAAUGUUUCGUU